AUGUCAUCCAGCAGCUUUGCCGCUGCUCAAGAACGCAUCCUAGCACGGCAGACAGCCAGACAACAGGAAGCCCGCGCCGCCCUCACGCUACAGCCCGAGAUCAACAGUAGCCGCUCCUCCUUCGCCCGACUCACGCAGUCCCUACGACCCAAACUAUCAUCGUUCUGGAUAACUCUGCUAGAGUCGGAAGGCACACGACCCGCCUUUAGAGUCGGGCAAGUGGAUGCUGAACUUCUCGACGAAGAGUUGCUGGGUUUAUUGAAGACACAAGUGGCGGAUGCUCUGAAAUACCUCGGACCACAUCUUCAGGAUGACUGGUCGCAAGAAAUUCUACUUGCUCUCCGGGCGGUCUUGUUCAAACUAUCUAUAUGGGACAAUGACGCUUCGUACGGCGCAGCUCUACAGAACCUCCGAUACGUUGACGCGAGAAAACCUGGACAGGCCCUUCCCAAACCAACAAGAUGGCAAAAGAGCCUCUACGGGCUUUUGACCGUCUUCGGACGAUAUGGAUGGGAUAAGUGGGAAGACUGGCUGAUUGAUCAAGAGCGAGGCUAUACAGCUCCUUCAGACGCCGUCCAGACGCUGAUGCGCUUCACCUCCUUCAUCUCCACAACCCAUUCGAUCGCCGCUUUUUGCUCCUUCCUGGUAUUUCUUGUGAAUGGGCGCUACCGGACCCUUACAGAUCGCUUGCUGAGGUUGAGACUUAUGUCGCCAUCGAAUCAAGUUAGCCGGGAAGUCUCGUUUGAGUACCUAAAUCGUCAACUAGUCUGGCAUGCCUUUACAGAAUUUUUACUAUUUCUUUUGCCGUUGGUCGGCAUCAGUCGAUGGCGAAGAUGGCUCUCCAGAAUGUGGAAAAAAACAAAAGAUGCGAUGAAAUCACCGACACAAGCAGAGGACGACGGCGGUAGGAUAAAAAGCGGACCGUUGGCUUUUCUACCCGAGCGGACUUGCCCAAUUUGCUAUCAAGACCAGAACCCAACGUCUACGUCUGAAGCCGAGAUCCUAGGAGCGAAUACCGCCGCUGGAGGAGGCGUCAUUGGUUCGGCCACUACCGACGUGGUGAAUCCUUACGAAACAAUACCAUGCGGCUGUAUAUACUGCUUCGUGUGCAUCGCCACUAAGAUCGAAGCAGAGGAGGGUGCUGGUUGGACAUGUCUGCGUUGUGGAGAGAUCAUCUAUAAAUGUCAGCCUUGGAACGGUGAUAUUGUUUUGGCUGAAAAGAAAGCCAGUAAUAAAAACACCAAAUCAGUUGGAUUUUCUGUCGCCGACGACCACUCGGGCGAGCGGUAUCGAGAUGAACCGUCCGAAGAUACACCGGAAAUGAUGGACUCUACUCUAAACGCAAGCCAAUGGACAAUGGCGGAUCACGAGUCUUCCAGCAGUUCAUAA